GUUAGGAGGUUAGGUGUGGGAGGCGAGCUGGCCAGGUACCUCUUCAAGGUGCUGGUACGCGUGGGCCGUACCACUGCACCGCACCACCUCCAUGCGCAUGAUGGGACUGGCUGUCGAUUUGACGAUGACAAGCGCGCGCCUUUGGAUGUCACAGGACUUUGUCGGCCGCCGCAUAGUGGCCUCGUCCGCGGGCCGCCCUAUCCUCUAGGGUUCCAGCGCCGCAUCGCGAGAUGGAAGAGCGGGGAGCGGUUGAAGAAGCGCGCGAUUUCAGAGGAGGCCGAGUGCAAGGAAUAG